GUACGUAUUGUACGUAUUAUUCACAUAUUGGAUAACAAAUCAUUUUGAGUUUAUUAUUAUUUUGUAAUGAUGACACACACUAGAAUAUGAUGAAUCAGUAUUGAUAUCUACAUCAUCGAUACUCGUUUUUGUUUUAUUAUCUCAAAUGAAAACAAUGCCAUUAUACAAUGAUUGAAUAGUUAUCAUUUUCAUCAUUACUUACAUUGAUGUAUUGUUAAAAAUGUUUCCUAUGAUAUUAUUCUUUAACAGUUAAUAUUGUCAUCAAAAGUAUUAUGAAUGCUAAUUUCAAUUUAUUUAACCUAAAAUGUUGUAUUAUGCAAUAGUUCUUAUUCAAAGGUUCCAUAGACCAGUUUCAUUUUAAUCAGGAAAUUUAAAACGGACGCAAUAAAACUAUAAAAAUAAGUUUGAGAAAGAAAGUAAGAAAGAAAAAAUAAACUACAAGACAAUUUGUAUGAUCAAUUACUAAUUCAUAUUGGAAUUUCAAAUAUUAAAAAAAAUGAAAGUUGAAUUUGCUUUACCUUCAGCUCUUCAAUAUGGUGAUUGUAUUGAAGUGAAUGGAAAAGCCGGUAACAACAAGUUUUCAAUCGACUUAAUCUCUGAUUAUUUAGCUUUUGACCCAACUAUACUGAGUGAACAAGAUAGAACUGAUGAAUGUGAACUGCCAAUUGUUGAAACACAACCAUUGCAAAUAUUAAUAGAAACAACUGGUAGCUGGGAUAUUAAUGCUAAUUCACCAGAGACUAGUACGUCAUCACAUGGCAGUUCAGCGAAACGAUUUGGUUUUCGUGCCAAUGAAAAUUUUGUAUGCAGAGUUGUCAUUAAAACUGAAUAUUAUGUUGUUUAUCUAAACGAUAUGAUGUUAUCGAACUCUGAACACUUAGUUCCUGUAGGCUCUAUUAACGGUUUUGCAAUCGAUGGUGACUCAGCCAUUUCAACUAUAUUAUUUGGUGACUUAAAUGCCAUUGAAAAAUACAAUUCUAAACAUAUCGUACAACAUGUUCAGUCAAACAAUCCAAAAAUUAUUGAAUGUCGACUAACGUCUGAUGACUUAUUAGCUACUGUUUUAUUCAACGAUAGUGAAGAACAUUCAGAAACUUACGAUGACUUCAGUGAUAACCAUGUUAAGAAUAAUAAUAUCAAAAUCAAUGUUUUUACUGGUGUUGAACAUAACACUAAACAAGAUGAUAUUUCCAAUGGGGAAUUUACAAUUAAAGAGAAUCAUUUAGAUAGAGAAGAAACAUUGGAAGAUACAUGUACACAAAAUUUAAAAACAGGAAAUACCGGUUUUUUGUGCAAUGCAUCAAAUUUACUUCACUCUAACAGUGAAUUAAUAAGUCAGUGUCAUGACAAUAAUACAAACAAUUUUGUAAUUAAUAAUAACAAUCAAAAGUUAAGCAAUUCUAGCAAACUAAUUAGAGCUUCAUCAUAUCAAUUAGUAUUUGAUGUAGACAGUGAUUCAAAUGAAGAAAUAGACCGAAACGAUGAAGUAAAUGAAACAUCAAUAAAAACUGUUAAUCUAUCUUUAUUCAAUCAGACAAGAGCUAAAAGUAUUCAAAAUCUAUUUCAUUUUCAUCAUAAUCAUUAUGAUAAUUUUGAUCAUAUAAAUAAAUUUAUUCAUGAAUCACAACUAUUAAUAUCCGAAGAUCAAGGCAAUAACAUUGAUCGUUUAAAAGAUACACUAAAUAUCUCAAUGAAUAAUUUAAUAUGUCAGAACAAAUCACUAGAAUCAAAAGAUUUUAAUGAAGUGAGUGACUCAAAUCAAUUAUCUGGAAAAUUUCCAACAUCACAACUAUUAGGACUGGUAAGAGAAGAAUUUGAAUUGGAUCAAAAUAAUGAAGGCAAUUUAGAAAGUAUUCAAACUAAUAGGAGCAAGUUAAAACAAGAAAAUCCGGUUGUUAAAAAUACAAAUGGAGUAUCUUGUCAUAUGGAUUAUAUGUCUAAUUUUGUUAAAUCAAUAAACAAUUUAACAGAAGAUAGAUCAGAACUAACUGGAAGUACAAUGUUGAAUGGUGAAAAAAUAAAUGUAGUAAGUAAUCGAACAAGCGAAACUAUGAAUUUAUUAGAUAAUCAAGAUCAUAAAGAACAUAUUAUGCCAAAAGAAUUAAACAGUAUGACAUGUGAGUCAAAAAUACCCGUAUUCAGAAAUAAUUCAUCCAAUAAACAUACACCUAGUUUAAUAACUAAUGGAUUACAAGAAGUCAAAUUUAAACCUUUAAAAUCAGCCCGUAAAGGCAGAUUUCAUCCACACGAAACUGAUUCAAAUCCAGAUGACUGUUCAGUUUUAUCCUGCUCAGAUAAACAAGGACUAAUCCAUUCUAGAAUUCCACAACCCUUAUGUUUAAUACCUAAUAGUAAUAGCAGUAAUAAUAUAGAUAAGUCACAUAAUGGUAGUCAACAAUUACCAAUAAAUGAAUCGUCGAUAAAACCUGAUUGCAACAAAUAUCCAACCAAUAAGCAUUCUAUUAAUGGUAUGUCAAAAUCAGAAGUUCAAAAUGAUUCAAUUGCGAAGCUUAAUACCAAUAAAAAUAUAAUUAAUCGAAAUCCAUUAAAAUCAAGUCAGUCUGUUAAUAAUCGAAAAUCUUAUCCAUUAUUAAGUAAUGAUAUGAAAUCAUUUAGUAACCCGGUGAAAAAUGGCACUGAUUCUGUAAAAGCAUCCUCAAUGAACAAAUCACCGACAAAAUUCACAUCUUUAUCGUCAUCAUCUUUGUCAUCUCCAUCAUCACAACCAUCAACAACGUCGUCCUCUUUAUCAUCAUUGUCAACAAAACUAUGCUCGAAUUCAGUUGCAAAACCAUUAUUACGUUCAAAUGGAUUAAAAAGUCGAAAACAGAAACUCAUUGAAACCAAUAAUAAAUCAACAAAUGAUCGACAACAAGAAAGUUUAAUGAAUGAAAAUCUUGCUAAAAUCGAUUCGACAACAAAAUUCACGUCUACAAAUGAUAUAUCAUUGAGUUCAAUUUCAACUGAUCGAAAACAGAAAGAUUAUUUGAAUGUAUUCAAUCAAUCAAUAAGUCAACAGUGUAAGUUAACUAACCAAGUCAAUUCAACAACCACAAAAUUCAAGGAAAGGGAUCAGUCAGUACUAUCUAACGGACUACUACCUUGUUUAAAUGAUAAAGAACUGAUAAAUUGUACACAACCAUUAUGUGAAAAUAAGUAUAUUUUAAACAAGGUCAGUAAUAAUUCUACCACUACUGAUAAUAAUAAAAUGGACAAAUUUAAAGAUUGCGUAAAACAAGAAAACGGAUUGCACAAUGAAUAUUUAACAUUGAAUGAUCAAUCCAAUGUAAAUCACAAUCAUGAUUCUAGAAAUGAUGUAAAAAAGCAUUUAAAUGGUAACAUGAUAACGAUGAAAUCAAAAUUAACAGGGAUUGAUGAGAUUAACAAUUCAAAUAAUUUACAAUCUAUUCAAAAUAAUUAUACAGACAACACUAGUAUUCAUAUUCAUGAUGAGAUGACGUUAAAUGUGAAAGAAAAUAAUGAUAAUUAUUUGCCUGCUUCAAUAAUAUCAUCAUGUACACAGUCAAUGACCAAUUCAAUCACAAACACGCCGGGAAUAUCUAAGACGUCAACAAUAUUGACCGAAUCAACAACAAAUGGUGGUUUAUGCUGUGAGAAAAAUAAAAAUUCUAAAAAAUUUAUACAAUCCCCUAAAAAAUGGUUAACCCCACAAACAAGUCUACAGAGAGAAAACAAACAAACGAUAUAAAUGUUAGAAGCGCCCUAUUUUUUGUACAAAAGAAAAGUUGAUGAUAAUAAUGACAUAAUAGAAAUAAACAAAAAGGAAGAAUAAAAAUGUCAAUCAAUAAAUAAACAAAAAUUCCGAAAUAUUUCAAUAAGAAUCAACUUAGAAGUCAGAAUAUCAUAAAACCAUUUAUGAUAUUGAAACUUUUAAUACGAAACUCAUUUUAUAUAUCUAUAUAUUUUACCAAAUGAUGACAAUAGUAAUAAUAAUAAUAAUAAUAUGAGAUUUGAAAAGUGUCAUUAUUUUUGUUUGAAACUAUAAACAACAAUUUAUUUCACACACUCAUUCAUCAUUCAUUCAAGUUUAUUUUUUAUUAAUCAACCAAACUAGUAGAGAAGAAAGAAAGAAAAAACAUAUUUACACAAUCUCAUUAAUUUAUAAAAUUUCACUUUGUAUUUUCUAGUUGACAUUUUAAAGAAAGGCAAAUUUUUCGAUACAUAUUUUUCUAUGGAAGUUAAAAUUGAAUUUUCUAAAUAUUAAACAAGGAACACUCUAUAUAUAUAUAUAUAUAUAUAUAUAUAUAUAUAUAUAUAUAUAUAUAUAUAUAUAUACCAGCUAUUAUUCAGGAGACUCGAUUAACAUUGUUAAAUAUUCAGUUAGUUUUACAGGUUUAUAUUGUGAUUUGUAAGUGUAAUCAAAAGGAAUGUAAAGAUUUUCUUUUUACUACUUAUAAAAUUUAGACCUAAUAGAAUUACCUUUUAUAUUAUAAAUGUUAUAAAUAUUCAGUUUUAUAUUGUUUGUGAAUAAAAGUCUAUUC